CCGAGAAGCUCACCGAGAAGCUCACCGAGAAGCUCACCGAGAAGCUCACCGAGAAGCUCACCGAGAAGCUCACCGAGAAGCUCACCGAGAAGCUCACCAAGAAGCUCACAGUGCACUUGAAGUACCAACAUCUUGACCGUCAGGCAAAGGAAAUGGCGUCAGCGAAAGGCGUCGCCAUCGGCAUCGACCUGGGCACCACGUACUCCUGCGUGGGCGUUUUCCAGCACGGCAAGGUGGAGAUCAUCGCCAACGACCAGGGCAACAGAACCACGCCCAGCUACGUGGCGUUCACCGACACGGAGAGGCUCAUCGGCGACGCCGCCAAGAACCAGGUGGCGUUGAACCCGAGCAACACGGUGUUUGACGCCAAGAGACUGAUCGGAAGGAGGUUCGACGAUCCGGUGGUGCAAGCGGACACCAAGCACUGGCCCUUCAAGGUGGUGGCCGACGGAGGCAAGGCCAAAAUCCAAGUGCAGCACAAAGGGGAGGAGAAGGCCUUCUACCCAGAGGAGAUCUCCUCCAUGGUGCUGGUGAAAAUGAAGGAGACGGCCGAAGCCUACCUGGGUCAACGGGUGUCCAGCGCCGUGGUAACGGUCCCCGCCUACUUUAACGACUCCCAGCGGCAGGCCACCAAGGACGCGGGCGUCAUCGCCGGACUGAACAUCCUCAGGAUCAUCAACGAGCCCACGGCGGCGGCCAUCGCUUACGGUCUGGACAAAGGCCAGUCGGGAGAGCGCAACAUCCUCAUCUUCGACCUGGGCGGCGGCACCUUCGACGUGUCCGUCCUGACCAUCGAGGGCGGCAUCUUCGAGGUCAAAGCCACCGCCGGGGACACGCAUCUGGGCGGAGAGGACUUUGACAACCGCAUGGUGGAGCACUUUGUGGCCGAGUUCAAGAGGAAGCACAAGAAGGACAUCGGCCAGAACAAGAGGGCCUUGAGGAGGCUGCGCACCGCCUGCGAGAGGGCCAAGCGGACGCUGUCCUCCAGCUCCCAGGCCAGCGUGGAGAUCGACUCCCUCUUUGAGGGCCUGGACUUCUACACCGCCAUCACCAGGGCUCGCUUUGAGGAGCUGUGCUCCGACCUGUUCAGGGCCACUCUGGAGCCGGUGGAGAAGGCCCUGAGGGACGCCAAGAUGGACAAGGGCCAGAUCCACGACGUGGUUCUCGUCGGCGGCUCCACGCGGAUCCCCAGAAUCCAGAAGCUCCUGGGGGACUUUUUCAACGGCAAAGAGCUGAAUAAGAGCAUCAACCCCGACGAGGCGGUGGCUUACGGCGCGGCCGUCCAGGCCGCCGUCCUCACGGGGGACACCUCGGCCAACGUCCAGGACCUGCUGCUGCUCGACGUGGCGCCGCUGUCGCUGGGCAUCGAGACCGCCGGAGGAGUCAUGACGCCGCUCGUCAAACGCAACACCACCAUUCCCACCAAGCAAACGCAAAUCUUCAGCACCUACGCCGACAACCAGCCCGGCGUCCUCGUCCGGGUCUUUGAGGGCGAGAGGGCCAUGACCGUGGACAACAACCUCCUGGGAAAGUUUGAGCUGAGCGGAAUCCCGCCGGCUCCGCGAGGCGUGCCGCAGAUCGAGGUCACCUUCGACCUGGACGCCAACGGCAUCUUGAACGUGUCGGCGGUGGACAAGAGCACCGGCAAGGAGAACAAAAUCACCAUAACCAACGACAAAGGCCGUCUGAGCAAGGAGGAGAUCGACAAGAUGGUGGACGACGCCCAAAAGUACAAAGCCGAGGACGACCUGCAGCGCGACAAGAUCGCCGCCAAGAACGCUUUGGAGUCGUACGCCUUCCACGUGAAGAGCAGCGUCCAGGAUGACAAGCUGGCGGCCAAGUUGAGCGAGGAGGAUCGCAAGACUCUGACGGACAAGUGUGACCAGACCCUCAGCUGGCUGGACAACAACCAGCUGGCUGACACGGACGAGUUCCAGCACAAGCGGAAGGAGCUGGAACGAGUGUGUCAGCCAAUCAUCGGCAAGCUGUAUCAGGGGGCGGGGCCUGCGGGAAGCUGCGGGGCGCAGGCCAGGGCUGGCGCCCAGGGGCCCACCGUUGAAGAGGUGGACUGAGCGCCUCGGUCGCCUCUCGGACUCCAA